AUGGCUGUCUCGGUGCUUCGGCUGACAAUUGUCUGGGGACUGCUUGUCUUAAUCCUGACUUGCCAGGCUGAUGACAAACCAGAGGGCAAGCCAGAUGAGCAGCCACAUGACUCAGGCAAAAAUUCAGAGCCAGAGAUCCCAAAAUUCCUAAACCUUUUGGGCUCGGAGAUUAUUGAGAAUGCGGUGGAGUUCAUCCUCCGCUCCAUGACGAGGAGCACAGAAUUUUGGGAACAUGGUGAUAAACAAGGAGAACAUUCAUCAAAGUGA